GUUUAUUGGGUGUGUUGUGGUUGUUUCCGAUAAAAACUACGUGUUCUCAAAAGCCAUAUUUGCGUCACAAACACUCAUGACUCAACGUCUAACCUUGGGAGAAAGAGAUCACUAUUCAMWUCAGGAGAGAAGCAGCCUUUCAAUAUAUCAGGAAGACAUAAAAUGGCKUCAAGAUCAUCAUGCUCAUUUCUGUUCGCUCAAAACUUCSUAACUUUUGGAUUCCUGUUGAUAAAUGUUGGAUUUUCGGAUCAAAGUAUAUUAAGCAUAAAUCGAAGAGCUAAUGGGGACACAAUUCAAGUUCAAACGGCUGUGUUUUGUGGGAAUUAUUUAUGCGAGAAGUAUAACGCUGAUUUGACAACAUCAGGRUUGGGAAGUUCUUGUAUGUGUAAAUGCAGAGGGACAAUUUUGCAACCGACUACGACUUUUUAUGACAAAGUUUCAAAAUGUAUGAAAAACAGUGCCAUUACUAAAGACAAUACCUGUACUAUGAAAGAAAAAGAUGGCUUAUCGACUUCAAGUUUAUUACUUUUAGACUCAAAUAUGACAAAACCAAAAAAGAUACAACUUGAYAAUAAUGAUACUAAGCAGGAACUGAAAAAUGCACAGAGUAUUAAACUAUCAUGGUCAUACUACAAAAGUAAAGCAUGGAUUCCUGGAAAACAAACCAUUUUUACUGUAACUUCAAAAACUGAAAAGGGUAUAUUGGGAUUACCUACAAGUGGGCAGAAAAUCUGGUUUCUUCAGGUAUCCAACAAUCUUCCUAAAACUAUCAGUGGUUUAUUAGUCAAAGUGUCACUACGAUAUGUGUUUAAAGAUGGGUUCAAUGCUUAUCAUUGCAUUAUGUUCAAAGUUCUUGGAAGACACAAUGUUAUUCCAACCACUAGUCCUCCAACAGCAACUGCAAUCCCUAYAACUACUUCAAUAGUAUCAAGUACAACUGUACCAGGAACUACAAAAACACAAACUGAUAAUGCUUCGCAUUCAACUUUGAUAACAACAGAAGCUUCAACAACAAAACAAACUACAACAAUCCCUAAAAAGCCUKCAAAUGAUGCAUCUAAGGAUGAUAACCAGCGACAGUUGUUAAUUGCUUUUGCAACUGGAGGAGUUGCUCUGUCAAUUGCAGUGCUUCUAGUUUGUUUGGGAGUCUUCAUGUAUUUUCGCAGGAAACGGAAGCACAAAGCRAAAAAGGCCACCAAAUCUAAAUCUUCUUCAAGACCUCCUGCACCUUUGCCACCAACAAGCCCACCACAUAACUAUGAAUAUGUUGUGUACCCAGCAUUAACUGAUAAUUUGCCUACAGCAAGCUCGAUAGCAGAUAAUGCCUCAUAUGGCCGAGGACCAGACAAUGAGCUUAUCAUCAGGACACCAGCCAUAAGCGUGGAAUCUCUAGGAUCAAGACACACUAACAAUAGUUUAAGGUCCAACAACUCCACUGGCUCGGCAGCAUUAAUGGCACACGAUUAUACACAUCUCCAAGACAAAGGCAAUGACGARAGYAACAGUAUUUAUCAGCCCCUUAUAAGGCCACAUACRCCAUGYGAUGAUAAUGACAAUGAAAAGCGAUGCACUUUGCAGGAUGAAGAAAGUAAAGAAUACAUUGAGCCUCGUAAUAAUGAGAUUCCAGAAUAUAUGGAACUUGAGCCAUUAGAAACUGAAAUUUGACUUAUUGCAUACAUGGUAUAAAUGCACAUAGUACCAGUGAUAGCCAGUAAAGUCUAAAGAUGAAGAUCUUACAGAUGGUUAAUUAUUGAUGAAAUCCUAUGUAUCUAGCCAUAGAAAAUAUGCACACAUGACCAGUGACAGCAAAUGAAGGCAAAGGAUGUACAUAAACCUUAGAUUUGAUGAUGAUUAUAGCAUAGUCUGUUGGUACACUGUAAUGCUUCUACACCCAGAAGAUAUGCAUACAAAGUCAGUGACAGCAAAUGAAGUCAAAGGAUGAAGAUUAUUUUAGCAGAGUCUGUUUACGUGCAAUGACUGUAGAAACAGUAGAUAUGCUCAUAAUGGCAGAGACAGCAAAUGAUGGGAAAGGAUAUAACUUUCAUCUUAGUGCCUAUUGAUGCAUGUACACUAAAUAUCCUCAAAUCAGCUGAAAAGGUUGUACACAAGGUUUACAUGUAGUGCAUAGUGUACAUAGAUGAAGGUGAAUGAAGGCUUCAGAUGAUAGGAAUAUAUGGAAGUAGCACUACUCUCUAAAUCAGUGCAAGUAUAUAUGAACUAAUAUUUAUAGACCAUGGACGCUCAAUUGCUGCUUAGUUUGUACAAAGUUUUUCAAAGAUAGUUAUUUAUAUCGGCCGUGGUGUUAGUAAUGUACAUAAAUUGUUUUAUUUUUUUUUAGUGAAGGAUUAUAAUUUAUUAUUUGCACAGUUGUAGUGUGUUAUAUCAAAAAUGAGAAGAUAGAAAAUCCUGAGUUUCAUAUAUUUAAAAUAUAUGCCUUAAUAAAAGAGAUAUGUUAGCACUAA